UCGAGAGCGAAUACGGUAUAAUUGUUUUAGUAUAACCGUUCAAAACUUCGUCUAAAUCCUCUUCAAAGACACUUCAAGAACGCAAGGAAGCGGUCACCAGUUUGUUAACAAGCGCAGACUGCUACGCUGCUCACUGUCUUCAACAGAAUAAUUAUUAAGAAGCCCAGCCAAUCAGAAUAAAGAGGAAAAAGAGGAAAAAGCAGUGAAAGUGUGGGACUAGAAACCACCUAAAUGGCCAUAAAUUGGCCCAGAAACCUCACGAGAAACAAGAAAACAUACACCUGGAGCGAGGUAGGUUUAUUUUUAUUCAUACCCCUUUGUAUUUUUUAAGUAUAUGAAUAUAACCGUUUUUCCCAUAAAAAUCCUUGUAUUUCGACUGUUGCGUAACCCCGGCCCAAUGCUACUCAUUUAUGAAACGCAUAUACAGAAGCUCAUUUUCCGAGCUUGGGCAACCUGACGUGAUUUGUACGUUAUGAGGCAACCGGAGAUGACAACAAGAGACAAAGGUAAACUUUCCAUUCUUUUGAUUCUUCCAUCCUACUCAACAAGAUAUAUACUCCCUGUGCUGGAGAUUAAAAGCACUGGUCAACCAUCAACCCUAAAUGUCAUCCCGGUUGGCUAUGUAUAUUUGUGAGUUUUUUUGGACAGGGGAUUUUGUGGGAGAUGGUCGCUUAUCAAAAAUCUUGAACAUAGAAAAAUUACCACCAAAUUCUCGAUAGGAAAUCAAAAACUGAGGAUUGAAACUGGAAGAUUUUAUCGUUGCUCUCAACUAUCCGAAAUAGUCGCUGUUGUCGCAAGGUACUGGCUCGUCACGCACCAAUUGCGUGACGCGUCCACGAGUUGCAAAGGGCUUGCAGGACUACCUAUUUUGACGGCAAGUGUCCGGUGUUUCUACUUAGGCGAAACAGCCGUAAGUAAUUUUGAAACAAAUACUUUCGUUGUAUGAGUCAAAUUGACGACCAUUCUCUCAGUCACAUCCUCUUUCCACCCCUUGUCUGCCUUGUUGACCUUGUUUAAUACACGUCAGUUGAAAUUUCAGUUUCCCAGCAAAUUAAGACAGUUUUAGAUCCUGAUCGCUUCCACAGGCGAACUUAAGCCGAGGAAGUUCCAUACAUCGCAGUAGAUUUUCCUUUCACACCAAAACACACAAAUAGCAGAAGUCUUACUGUUCUGGAGGAAAUGAUUAGUGGAGCGCACCUACUCACUCAUUUACGCAAAUCCGGUUUUAAUAAUCUCUAAUACCGACGGUAAAAAAAAAACCAUGGCACAAUGGGCCAUCAUUUUGAUAAUCACAUGUUCUUUGUUUCUACAAAACCGUAGGGUUCCAAAAGGAUGUCUUUUGCGAAAUCUUGUUUACUUUUCUUCAUGACCAUAAUUGUCUUUUUGAAUCCAAUAUCCCGCCUCUUUAGAGCACGUGACCAGUCUUUGUUCCGCUGUAAACCUUGGCCGCGAAUUUGAGAUGUUGCGUACUUUCCGGUUAGAAUAAUGCACCAAGAUUUUGCUUCUGAUGGUUAGGAGGAUUGUUUUGACUGUGGGAAAGACUGAAGUAUGGGUAUUAUGCACAAGGUUAUGGUGAUAUUGUCACUUGGAGUUCUUUCAUGUUUUCUGUGUUGCAAACUGUGUAGUGGAGAAGCUGUUCUUUCCUAUACCAACUGUAGAGACUGUGUCAGAUUCUGUUCAAAUGGAAGCUUAGCCUCACAUGUAGAAAGAAUCCUUGUCGAUGAAUUAAAUGGCAGAUUGAUUGUUGGUGCCACAAAUUCCCUGUUCAAACUUGAAUUAACCACUCUACAAUUACUUUCUGCUCAAAAUGAUGUUGUAGCAUUACUACCAAGCCAAGAGGCAUUGCAAACAUGCUUAAAGUUGGGGCUUACAAGAGAUAGCUGCCAAAAUCAUAUAAAGCUGCUCCUGUUUUCCCCACAAGGACUUAUUUUUGUUUGUGGCACUUAUGCUGAAACACCAAGAUGCUGGAAAUUUCCGAGGACCAGUUCUUUAAAUCCCCCACCAGCUGGGAAGACUGGAGAUGGAAUAAGUCCGUCCAGUGAUCAACAAAACGUCACCGGCACCUUUACAAGUAAUCACCUGUUUACUGGAAUCAACAUUGGCAGAUCAGUUAUUUAUAGAUGGGUUGCAGCAGAUCUCAGCAGUAGAACUCUUCUGCAAACAGAUUCAUCUCCUAAUGUUUAUGUUUUAAAAGAUGCUGACUUUGUAUCAUCAUUUAAUUACACGGACAACUUUGUUUACUUUUUUCUAAGAGAGACUGCUGCAGAGACUAGUAAGACUGUUUAUUCACGGGUAGCCAGAGUCUGUCAGUAUGAUGAAGGUGGCAAUAGACUUUUGGUGAACCGAUUCACUUCAUUUGUGAAGACUAGAAUAUUAUGUUCUGUUCCUGGAACAAUUCCAUUUGAUUAUAAUGAAAUACAAGCAACAGCUACCUAUCAAGACCCUGUGACAAAUGAAGACUAUGUUUAUGGAAUUUUCACCACCCCAAAGCUUGGAGUGCUUGGCUCAGCUGUUUGUAGGUACAGCAUGAAGUCUGUUAAAAAACUGUUUGAGACAAGCCAGUACUUGAAAGAGACUACCAAGAAAGGUUUCGAUGGUACUUCUUUGUGGGUUUCAGUAUCUCCAAUAAAUUUGACAAUGGUUCCUGGCAGGCCAAAGUGUGAUAGCAAACUUAAUACAAAGAGUUACUCUUGGGAAACCCUCAAGUUUGCUUCUGAACACACCCUCUUAGCUGAUCCACUCACGUCAGACCCGCUGUUUAAAGCAAGAAAACCUCUGUUUACAAGACCUGAAAUAAGAUUUACUCGGCUUGUUGUGGAUAAAGCUAAAAGAGGAAAGAUACAGGUUACUCCUGUCAUGUUUAUUUCUAUAGAGAAUGGCACUGUGUUCAAAGUGUUCAACAACAUAUCUGGUAAUGGCAAUCCUGUUAUUGUGGAACAGAUCAGGGUUUUUGAGAAACCGAAUCCAGUCUAUACAAUGAAACUUUAUAAGGGAGCUGUGUACAUUGGAAGCAACUCUAGUGUUGUCAAGCUGCCAGUAGAGCAUUGUAGUCAGUACCAAAGUUGCAGAACUUGUGUCUCUGUUUUGGAUCCUUACUGUGGAUGGAGUAACAACAAGUGCACAACAUUUGACAGCAAGAUAGGAAGUGGCUGGGCUCAAGACAUUGUUCAUGGUAACUUUUCUAAAGUUUGUCCACAAGAGCCUCCAACCUGCUCGUUGACAGUUACUGAGGAACAAGUGGGUGGUGUUAGAAGUUUGACUUGUCUGGGAGAUGGAAUACCGCUUCCUAGAGUUACCAGCUGGAAAAAGGAUUCCAAGCCUCUGCCUACUGAUUUAGACUUGCAAAUCAAGCCUGGGAAGAGGGCUCAUCAGGAACAGUUGGUCAUCAACAACUUUGGAAUGGAACAUCUUGGGGUUUACGAGUGUUUAGUAUCAAACAAACUGGGGUUAUCAUCAUGUGCCAUGAAUAUCAGAGGUACUUUACCUGUCAUCGCAUAUGCUCUGGUGAAAAUCAAUGGCACAUCGUUGUUUGUGUGUAAUGCCACUGGGCUGCCCAGUCCACAUGUUACGGUCUACAAAGUUAUCGGAGGCACUAAACACGUGGUUACGUCAUACCAAACACCAAUCAGUGACGACACCGGUCAAAGAUCGUAUUACUGUGUGGCACAAAAUGACUUUGGAGUGUCAUUUAGCAAACAGGUCCACAUACAUGAUAAACAAGUCAAGGCUGAAUUGAGACUUACAAAGGAAAAAUGGAGUUCUAAGCUCUACGACAAGACAUCAGACGAAUAUAAAACCCUGGCAGCUCGAGUUAAAACUUCAGUUCAGGAAAUCUAUUCUACAAACCCUGCCUUUGUGAGGGUCGAGGAUAUCUCGUUUAGUGAAGGAAGUGUAGUAUGUAAAAUGACGCUGAUUUUUGCGGCUGCACCUUUGACCAAGAGUGAUGAACUGUUGAAGGAUUUACAAGAAAACGUGUCCUCUGGUAAAGUGGGAGCCUUCAGCGUGGAUUCAGCUCAUAUUCUCAAUUUGGAGCCUGAAGUUGAAGUAAGCACCACCCCACCGGUUUUUAGUACUGUUCUGGUGACCUUGACCGAUGGCAGUUCCCAAAAGACAGAACCCACUCCAGAACCAGACGUACAAGAUUCAAGGGAUGAUGGAUUGUUUGCCGUGGCUGUCGUGACCGCCGUGCUGUUAAGUCUUAUUCUCGGGGUUGUGCUUGGACUGAAAUUUCACGGUCAGGUUGUUAACCGCUGUACACCGUCAUCGCGUGAUCCAGAAUCAUGUGAUGGACCAAACAAGACUGUUGAAGGUGUGAAGUACACCAAAUCACCGCCCAGGGAUGAGAAAUUCACAAGGAAUAAGAACGAAACACGGAGCAAGAGAAAAUUGCUGAAAAAGAAAGGAAAAAACGCCGGGGAAACGGAAGAUAGUGACAGUGAUUCUUCCACUGCGGGGAAGAUUGGACAAGAAGAAAGUGGAAAUCAAAAGGAUUCCAGUACAUCAAGCUCACCUACCAAGUCCAUUUCACCAUCUGUUGUUAUCGGGAAAUUUGCAAGGAAAAAACCGUCCCUGGAAAAUGGGAAAAUAUCUAACGUUUGCUAGGUGAAGAGAAUAACAGCGCCAACAGAAAGGAAGGCUAGGUUACCAGUGCACGGGUUGGCGUCUGUAAAGCCAAGCAUACAACGCAGUAAGUCGUUCUAACAACCACGCCUUCAAGUAUCGAUGUGUAGUGCAUUAUGCUACCGUUUUUAUCCUACUAAUACCUUGCAGGUACUAAAGCACGGUGCAGCCUUACAAGAAGGAAAAGCUUCAUAGCAUUAAAUCAUAAAGACAGAGGCAGACUUGUGAGAAUACAAGUCUUGUGUAAAAUAAAAUUUUUCCCGUUAAAGGAAUCAAGCGGUGCCUCGCUUGGGCGAUCUAGGUAGGGUAAAUAUUUAUAUUAUUAUAUCAAUAUCAUGUAGUUAGAUUUUGAUAUUGUCAUACGACCAAUCAUUUCUUAUACAUGUGUCCUCACGCCUUUCGUACUCCAGGUUUUAACCAACUCUGAAGUUAGGCUAUGCAAACAGUAGCCUCUAUUUGGCGCGGAAAUGUGCUCGGAUAUUUGUCCGCGGACAUUAUCUGUUCCGAGAAGCGAACAUGUU